AUUUGAUUUGCUCCGCUUUUUGAUUUGGAUAUAUUGCUCGCUUGUUUGUUUAAGCACCAUUCGCAAUGUUCUCCUGGAUUCGGCUCCUCGGAGCCCUUCUUCUACUUGCCUCCGUGGCUCACGCCCAGUUCCAGUUCUUUGAGCAUAUGUUUGGAGGCGGCGGCGGCGGUGGUGGUCACCAGGGUCGUCAGCAGGCGGCGCAGAAUGUUCCAAGUGAUAGCUCGCGGUAUCAGAGUCAAUGGGAUUCGGCCCAUUGCGAUAAAUACCUCUGCCCUGGCACGCUCGCAUGCGUCCAUUUCCCGCAUCAUUGCCCGUGUCCGCAUCCCGAUGUCGAAGAAAAGGUUGAGCUUGGAGAAGGAAGUGCCGUAUGUGUGUCAAAGGGAGGAUACAAGGAGGGUGAGGCGGCGCGGAAGAUUGAGCUGGCGCGCAAGGGUCUUUUGUGAUUGAGUUGUCUGAAAGUGGUUAUAUGUCGCUUUUCAGCUGAAUUGGGGGUUAUUGGUGUUGGUGUUUGCGCAUAUUGGUUCUGAAUAUGUCUUAUGGAUUCCACUGCUCAGGAUGUCACUUCUGAGGCCUGCGCGUUGAUCUGCGUCCUGGCUGAGUGACUCUUGCAGCAUUAUCGCUAUGUUACUGUCGAAAGGCUCUUGGAUUGUUGCAUAGACAGCUGCUUGGGAUAUCACCUUUUCCUCGGACCGUUGAUCAGAGACACCAAACCGCACCUAAUACGUACAUUUUAGGCGUCUGUGCUUACUUUACGGCGUCAUUUAUUAACAACCAA